AACCUUGUUAAGCUAGUCUCAUACGCUUCGCACUUAUGUUAAUAUCAUUACAAAACGAAGGAAGUGUCUAGUUAAAAGCGCCCAUGGAAAUAGUUUGAACGAAAUUUAUCUCUACUUCGGUUUAACACUCGUAGUGGCCAAGUUCCGCAGUUUUUUUUUUUUUUACCGAUCCCCAACCCGAAGAUGAAUAAAUUCGGCGCUUUGAUUUCGUCUCUUUUCUUGCUCUACGCUUCGUGGAAUUUUUCUCAAGCUGCACAAACUCCGCAAAUCAAAGUGCCGGCUGAUAGCAACUGGUGUUUGGGAUGUAUUUGCGAAGCCAUUUCUGGAUGUAAUCGAUCGUUGCAAUGCUCCGGAGAUGUUUGCGGAUUGUUCCGGAUUACUUGGGCUUAUUGGGCUGAUGCUGGAAAGCCAACGGUCAAGAAUGAAGAUCCUAAUUCUCAAUAUGCUUACGCCAACUGCACCAAUAAUGAAGUAUGCGCUGGAACAACUGUCUCGAAUUACUUGAGGAAAUUCGCCAAAGAUUGUAACGGAGACGGACAAAUCGAUUGCUACGAUUACGCUGCCAUUCAUAAAUAUGGAGGCUACAGCGGAUGCACGACGGCUUUAAGCGGAGAAUAUUACACGAAAUUUUCAACCUGCGAAAAGCAUCUCCAGACGUUAGGUACCAACCAAUCCGGGACACAAUGAAGCUUGAUAUUACGUUACUUUUUUUCAAAAGAUCUGAUUAUUUAGGAACAUUUGUAAUUUAUUUUUAUACACAUUAUAGCAAUUUUUACUGGU